GUGCGCGCUCGUGCGUGUGCGGCCGCGUCGAGGGCAACAGUAGCGUGAAGCGUAGCUGUUUCGAUAAGGUCCAGUGCGCCCCUGGGAUUCUGCUUCCUGUCUGGCUUCCUCACGAGCCGCCGCUGCUCCAGCAGGUGAUCCGCGCCACCAUCUACUUCCUGUUUCUGCUCUACAUGUUUCUGGGCGUGUCCAUCAUCGCAGACCGCUUCAUGGCCGCCAUCGAGGUCAUCACCUCACAGGAGAAGGAGGUGACCGUCACAGGUCCGAGCGGCGAGAAGACGGUGGCGACCGUGCGGAUUUGGAACGAGACCGUAUCCAACCUCACCCUCAUGGCCCUGGGCUCUUCAGCUCCAGAAAUCCUGCUGUCGGUUAUAGAGGUUUGCGGGCACGGCUUCGAAUCGGGCGAGAUCGGCCCCGGCACCAUCGUGGGCAGCGCCGCCUUCAACAUGUUUGUGAUCAUCGGGAUCUGCGUGUUCGUGAUCCCGGACGGUGAGGCGAGGAAGAUCAAACACCUGCGCGUUUUCUUCAUCACGUCCUUCUGGAGCAUCUUCGCCUACAUCUGGCUCCUCCUCAUCCUCUCGGUCAUCUCGCCGGGAGUCGUGCAGGUGUGGGAAGCCCUGCUCACCCUGUUCUUCUUCCCCAUAUGUGUUCUGAUGGCGUGGAUCGCCGACCGCCGCCUCCUCGUCUACAAGUACCUGCACCGGCGCUACCGAGCCGACAAGCGACGCGGCAUCAUCGUGGAGACGGAGGGCGACCUGGCGCCCAAUGGCAUCGACAUCAUCCUGGAGGGGAAAUACUGCGCCAAUGCCAACGGUUCGCUCAGCGGCACCGCCAACAACGUGUCCGGCACAGAGGCGAAGAAAGAGCGCGAGCAGGAGCGAGAGGAGGUGAUCCGGAUGCUGCGUGACCUGCGUCAGAAACACCCGGACAAAGACCUGGACCAGCUGAUCGAGAUGGCCAACUACUCCAACCUGCAGAAGCAGCGCAAGAGCCGUGCGUUCUACCGCGUACAGGCCACGCGCAUGAUCAUCGGGGCGGGGAACGUGCUGAAGAAGCACGCGGCGGCCGAACAGGCCAAGCGUUCGACCCCGUCCGGUGGCGGCCCCGAAGAGCUGCUGGCGUUCGAGCAGGAACGUUACCGCUGCAUGGAGAACUGCGGGGAGCUGAGCGUGUGGGUCACGCUGCGGGGGGGCGGCGGCUCCGGGACCUUCCAUGUCGACUACAGGACGGACGACGGGACGGCCAAAGCGGGCGUGGAUUACAGCCACUGCGAGGGGACGCUGGAGUUCCAGCCCGGAGAGACACGCCAGGAGAUAAAGAUCGGGAUCAUAGACGACGACGUCUUCGAGGAGGACGAGCAUUUCUUCGUGCGCCUCUCGAACCCGCGCGCCUCCGGGCCGGGAGACGGCGGCGGGACGGCGCCUCGCUUGGCGGACCCGUCGGUCGCCACGGUUACCAUCCUAGACGACGACCACGCCGGCGUCUUCUCCUUCGGCCGGCGAGAGCUGGUCGUCGCCGAGUGUUCGGGUGCGGUCGAGGUGACGGUCACCCGGGAGACGGGCAUCCGGGGCGCGGUGGUCAUCCCGUAUCACACCGAGGACGGGACGGCGCGCGGCGGAGUCGACUACCAACACGCGCAGGGGGAGGUGGAGUUCGGCGACGAGGAGAGCAGUAAGACAUUACAGGUACAAAUCAUCAACAUUCAGGAAUAUGAGAAGCGAGAAAACUUCUACAUCGUGCUCGAAGAACCUCGGUGGCUCAAAAGAGAAACUUCAGGUUGGUGUGUGUGUGUUAAGGAUUUUCUUUAUUCUGUCUCAGGUUCUCCCUCCACCGAGGGCGAAGAGGCGAGAAAAAUCGCUGAGAGGGGAAAACCGGUCCUGGGAGAGUACAGCAAACUGGAGGUCAUCAUCGAAGAGAGCAUGGCCUUCAAAAAAACUGUAGAUCGUCUGCUGAAGGACACCAACAUUGCUGAGGUGAUCGGUACACACUCCUGGAGGGAGCAGUUCAUCGAGGCUGUUACUGUUAGUGCAGGCGAGGGCGAAGAGGGUGACGGCGACGAGCCGCGGCGACCGUCCGGCUGUGAUUACUUCAUGCAUGUGAUGACGGUGUUUUGGAAGGUGCUGUUUGCCUUCGUCCCGCCGACCGAAUACUGGAACGGCUGGGCGUGCUUCAUAGUGUGCAUCCUGGUCAUUGGCCUACUCACCGCCAUCAUCGGAGACCUGGCGUCUCAUUUCGGCUGCACCGUGGGACUGAGAGACACCGUCACCGCCGUGGUGUUCGUCGCUCUUGGCACCUCCAUUCCAGACACCUUUGCGAGUAAAGUCGCCGCAGUUCAGGAUCAGUACGCCGACGCCUCUGUAGGAAACGUAACCGGUAGCAACGCGGUCAACGUCUUCCUGGGGAUCGGCGUGGCCUGGUCCAUCUCGGCCAUAUACUGGGAGGUCCAGGGACAGACUUUCAAGGUGGAUCCCGGCUCGCUGGCCUUUUCCGUCACGCUCUUUACCAUCUUCGCCUUGAUCAUCAUCGCCGUGCUCAUGCUACGGCGCCGGCCCUCGGUGGGCGGAGAACUGGGCGGACCCAAAACCAUCAAGAUCCUCACAUCCAUGCUGUUCGUGGGCCUGUGGCUCCUGUACAUCACUUUCUCCAGCCUGGAGGCGUACUGUCACAUCAAGGGCUUCUGAAAAGCUCAGACUCACAUACACAGUUUAUUUAUGCACAAGUGAAUUCAAUUUGCAUUUAAACAGAAACAAGGAA